GACAUUUUAAAUAGUUGCACACGAGUGGAGCAGCUGAUUGGACUCGGAAAGAUAUUUUCUUUAAGUUUUGAUGUCGAAAGAGGAGGCAUGGAACACCCAGCUUGUAUUCUGGAGGAAUUGAAGCAGUUUGUCGUAAACGAUGCUCCACCAACAGUGUAUUACAUCCCUGAUUUCAUAUCAGAAGACGAGGAGGCCUACCUUCAACAGCAGGUGUAUAAGUCUCCCAAAACUAAGUGGACUCAGCUGUCAGGCAGAAGGCUUCAGAACUGGGGAGGGUUACCACAUCCCAAAGGCAUGCUGGCAGAAAAGAUUCCAGACUGGCUCCAGACGUACUGUGAGAAAAUCUCCUCUCUGGGUGCAUUCAGUGGGAAAGCAGCCAAUCAUGUGUUGGUGAAUGAGUAUAAACAAGGGGAAGGGAUAAUGCCUCAUGAAGACGGGCCUCUGUACCACCCGACUGUCACCACCAUCAGCCUGGGCUCCCACACGCUGCUCGACUUCUACUCGCCUGUCAGCAGCCAGGAGGGCGAAGCGCCGCAGACGGAGGACAACCGCUUCCUCUUCUCCCUGCUGGUGAAGCCGCGGAGUCUCCUGAUCCUGCAGGAUGAAAUGUACCAGCGUCUGCUUCACGGCAUCCGGCCCUGUGGCCAGGACGCACUGACGGACAAGGUGGUGAACCUGUCCGCUGCGGGGGCCGCGCCAGGAGAGACUCUGAGCCGAGGCACCAGAGUGUCACUGACCAUUCGACACGUACCCAAAGUUAUGAAGACCAAGCUCAUACUGGGGAGGAAAUGAAGAUAAGACUGCAUGUUGAUCUGAUGGUUUGUUGUGUUUAUCACUGACACCAUCAGUUAUAAUAUGAAUGGGACACCAUCAGUUAUAAUAUGAGUGGGACACCAUCAGUUAUAAUAUGAAUGGGACACCAUCAGUUAUAAUAUGAAUGGGACACCAUCAGUUAUAAUAUGAAUGGGACACCAUCAGUUAUAAUAUGAAUGGGACACCAUCAGUUAUAAUAUGAAUGGGACACCAUCAGUUAUAUUAUGAAUGGGACACCAUCUGUUAUAAUAUGAAUGGGACACCAUCAGUUAUAAUAUGAGUGGGACACCAUCAGUUAUAAUAUGAACGGGACACCAUCAGUUAUAAUAUGGGAAGCUCCAGGCUGCUUUAUGAAUUACAUUUCACAUGUGUCUAUAAUGGAUCACUUCAGCUUUGUUAUACAGUCAUGGGGAAAAAAAUUUGACCCUUGUUUUCUUCAACUUCUUGUUCAUUUUAAUGCCUGGUACAACUAAAUGUACAUUUGUUUGGACAAGUAUAAUGGUAACAACAAAAGUAGCUCAUAAGAAUUUAAUUUAAGAGCUGAUAUCUAGAUAUUUUCCAUGGUUCUUGAUAAUGAUUUUGGUUAUUAUCAAGAAAACCACGGAAAACGUCUAGAAGAAAACAAUGGUGGUCUAAUAAUUUUUUUCCAUGACUGUAUAUCUGUGGUCUCACUGCUGCAGUAGCUUUCCUGGACAUUAUCAAAGGUGAAAAUGCAACUAAAAAAUGGUUUGAAUUGUGGUUUCAUCUCAUGAAUAUUAAAGGGGAGUAUCAAAUAUAUACAGAAGAAGAAUGGUGGCUUUAAAUGUGUUAUUUUCAGUUGAUUAAUCAUUAUCCAGUUGUUAAAACUGGAAUAAUUUUGUUUUAGCACUUCAUACAUAAAAAUGGAUAUUAAAUUAUUAUUGGCUAUUAUUGGUUGUGGUUUGUGUAUGCAUUGCUUCCUUUAUGGAUUUUAUUUAAUAGCUACAAAUUAGCAUUGCAAUGUUUUUUCCCCCAUUUAUUACCAUGGUGUGAAAGUUGACUGUUAUCGUACUGUGUACAUGUCUUAUCUCAGUUAUGGGGAGAAAAGUGCAACCUGCGCAUGCACACGUUAUUCCCUCCCCAACUGCCUAUCAUACUUAUCAACUUUCGCCACACACACACACACACACACACACAC